ACAGCAGAAGCCAUUAUCUACAUCUUGGGGUGGUACUUCUUCUCGUUGUCGAUCUCUAUCUACAACAAGUGGAUGUUUGGCAAAGACGGACUCGAUUUCAAGUUCCCCAUUCUCAUCACUGCCUUCCACCAGUUCUGUCUUAUGAUCAUGAGCUGCAUCGUACUAUACAGUAGACCCAAGUUACGACCCACAGUCAACGAAGUUGCUGACCCAACAGACAACUCCUUCUCAAAAUUCUUAAGGACGUUCAGAAUGGACUCCAUUGCAUAUUUGAAACAGAUCUUUCCAUGUUCGUUAGCAUCUGCUGGGGACAUAGGUCUCUCCAACGUUUCUUUCAAAUUCAUCUCUUUAAGUUUGUACACUAUGUUGAAAACUUCGUCGUUGAUGUUUGUUCUCAUGUUCGGACUUCUUUUCAGGCUUGAAAAGUUCAAUUGGCGUUUAGUCAGUAUAGUCUUAGUCAUGACAGGUUCCGUAAUUAUGAUGGUAAAAAAACCAGAUGAUUACGAACCAGACGAAGAAGAUACCCACAAUAGCAUUGGAAUCAUAUUAGUUAUAGGAGCUUCGGUUAUGUCGGGCCUUAGAUGGUCUUUUACCCAGUUGUUGUUGAAAAGGAAUCCAUACACAAGCAACUCCAUAUCUACCAUAUUCUACAUUUCUCCUUCAAUGUGUCUCAUCUUAUUUUUCUUAGGUUUAAUUUUUGAAGGAUGGACAAACUUCACUGAUUCUCAUGUGUGGGAAGUACGGGGUCUUGUUGGAACGUUAUCGUUAAUGAUUAUUCCCGGCUUCUUAGCAUUUAUGAUGACAUUGUGUGAAUUUAAGUUGUUAACUGUUGCACAGGUGAUCACGCUAUCAGUUGCUGGUAUCUUCAAAGAAUUGCUCACGAUCUUGUUGAGUUCCUUGAUCUUCGGCGACAAACUUAGUAUUAUCAAUGGUCUUGGAUUGGUUAUUACAUUUGCUGAUAUAAUCUGGUACAACUACUAUAGGUACAAUGAGAGCAUUGACAACGAUGGUUAUGUGAGUCUCAAGGCCAGAAAUGAC